CUCCUCUUCCUAAAACCCCACUACCUCCACCGCAACCUCCCAAUCCCUUGCUCUAACCCCAGGCCCAAACCUCCUCUCUCCCUCUCCCUCUCCGCCCGUGGCUUCGCCGCCUCUUCCUCCUCCGGUUCCAGCUUGACCAACCCCACCACCUCCUUCGACUGGUCUGACGACGAGAAUGACGGCGAGGACGGCACCGCCACCGCCAAGUCGAAGAAGAAGACGACGACGGUCGACAACAAAAGCCGCAAUCUUCCCCCACCCUACGAUCCCUUCAGCAAGAAGCCGGUGAUCGAGGAGCCCAACGGCCCGUCCAACCUCCCGGAGAUCUUCCACAAGAUGCGCACCGAGGGCCUCACCAACCAUGCUGUCAAGAUGUUCGACGCCCUGUCCAAGGACGGCCUCACCCACGAGGCCCUCGAGCUCUUCUCCGUCAUCAAGGACAAGGGCUCGAUGCCCGACGUCGUCGCCCACACCGCCGUCAUCGAGGCCUAUGCCAACGCUGGCGGCCACUGCAAGGACACCCUCCGCACCUUCGACCGCAUGCUCGUCUCCGGCGUCUCCCCCAACGCCUACACCUACACCAUCCUCAUCAAGGGCCUCACGAGGGACGACAAGCUCCCCGAGGCCCAGAAGUACCUGCUGGAGAUGAUCGGCAAGGGGAUGUGGCCCAACGCCGGCACCUACCAGGCCGUGCCAGAAUCAAGAGCAAUUGCAACAUAUGUGGCACGCAAGUACAAGUCCUCUGGUCCUGACCUCCUGAGGGAGGGUGCUUUGCAGGAGUCAGCAAUGGUGGAUCAAUGGUUGGAAGUUGAGCCUCAUCAAUACAACCCAGCCAUCCCUACUAUUGUUCUCCAGUUGAUUGUUAUCCCCAUGCAUGGAGGGCUCCCUCUUCAGCAGAUCAUCGACGACAGCGUGGUGGAGCAGAGAAGAUCGUGCCCACAUCUGAAUGCAUGGUGGGAGACUGGUUGUCGAGAGACCUGCGGUCAAGAAGGUGAUUGA